GUAUCCCUCCCGAGAGGAGGUUUGUUCUAGGACAGAUAUUUUACCUUUGGUUUCGCGUGUCCAAGCUUGCUUAUUUGCCUCUUCUUAAAGCAGGUCCGCGCAAUCAGAAGACAGCAUUUAUUUUCUAAGGAGGCUAGAGAUUCUGAAACUUUCGUGAUCGGAGACUCCAGUAUCGGAUUAUUGUGAAAGGGACGGGGAAGAUGUUUCUCCGUCUCGACUGACACGUGCCCGAUGAAGGUGUGAAAGAAGGCCCAGACCCCUGUCUGUUACCCCUAACAACUCCUCGUGUGAAGGUUUCCGUUCUACAUGCAGGCCCUUAUAUAUUUGAUUUGUUUGAAUUCUCUAUAUCAACAUCAACAACUCCAUCUUGAUCCCAGUCGCCAACAUAUUUGAAGUCGUCAACCAGUAUCCAGAUGGCUUACCCCAAGCUAACCUGCCCAACCGCUAAAUGUGGCUGCUCCUCAGUCGUCAUUGUCAGGGUCGGAACCGCUGACAAGAAUGAAGUGCACAAGAUCUGUCGAAAGUCGAUUCAGACUUCAGAUUUUCUGAAAAGCCACAUCAACGCCUGGAGAGGAACUGGCCCACCUCAAGUCAAUUUUACAUGGCGUGGACCAAAUGUGUUUGGGUUGUACGAUCACUGGAUACACACCCGCAGUGUCCAUACUACCGCAGAACUCAACGGUGCCAGGAAUCGGGAUCCCGUCGUUGAAUACGGAGACCUCCUUACGCUAUGGGCCCUUGGUAACGACCUCCAAGAUAUUUUGUUCCAGGAUAUGGUCACCAGUGCGAUCAUCGCUCGUCUUCGUGUCCCCAACGGCGAUAGCAGCAGCUUUCCACUUCGGUUCAACACUAUUUUCGCGAACAACUUGUACGACGGGCCAAGGCCUUAUCACCUAUGCGAAUGCUCAUUGCGGACGGUAUCGCACAUUUUGGUAAGAUGGACGUCUUCGAACGCUUUCAUAAGGAGGCCGGGUAUCCGGUGGAGUUCGUCAAAGAUGUCAUGCUUGCGACAGCCAAAGAGCGAGAUCGAUGUCGGCAAGCAAACAAGACGGAAGUAAUAAUUACCGCAAAUCACAGCUUUCGCGAGAAUGAGUGUGUCUACCACCUGCACACGAAAAAUGGUCGCCCUUGUUGGCGCACUCAGGAUUACAUCUAGCAUGAACUGACGAAGAAACGGACGCCCGACGGCAUCAGGUAUGAGCGGGAGGGCCAAAGCUCGGGGGAUGACUGCGUGGACAUGAGGGAUAAAAAUGGGCGGCCAUAAAAUGUCGGUGAAUGUUCGUACGAGCAAUCUGGAAAGGCUUGGACGAUUGCAGGC